CUAGAAAAAAGCAAAACUAUCUACCUUUGGGUCAUAGCAUUGCACGUGUGUUUUUAUUUCUCCUACUAAGCAGAGCAUCUUUUGGAAUCUAUUGAUAUGAAGUGGGAUGUACUAUUGACCUAAGAAAGGUUAAGUUUGUGUUUAAACCAUUUUAUGAUUGUUGUGCUAAGAAGUUUGAUGUGUGUUUGUUUUUUGUGGCAAGUAUUUCAUCAAAUAUUGAUUAUAUAUCUUCUGUCAUCCUGCUGUCUACAGAAUUUUAAUGGUAUGGAGCAAGCAAGAGGUGCUGGGAUAGAACAAUGCAAUGUGAUAGAAGAUACUCCCUCCGUCCCCUUUUAAAUGUCCCAUUUUACUAUAUUGGGAUGUCCCUAUUUAAUUGUCUCAUACCCUUUUUGGUAAAGUUUGUGUGGCUCAAAAUCAUUCUUACUUUAUUCUUACUUUAUCAAUUACUAUCAACCACACAAAAUCACUUUUCUUAAAACUCGUGUCACCCUCUUCCGGGACAUUUAAAAGGGGACGGAGGGAGUAUGUGUGAUAGAUACGGGAAGUUUGAUGACUUGUUUGCAGGAUUGGAUGAGAGCAUAAUGAAUAUCUCUGGAAGUUGGGCAGCAGCAGCACCUGUUGAGCAUCCUGCAAACACCACAAUGCCUCUGCAGGAUGGUACUGCGGGUGGGCUGGAUCUCUCUGAUAUUUCUUUUGAUACGUAUAAUAGCCUAUUAGGAGGCUUGAAUGUCUGUGAAGAAGAGAGCAUUUGUUUCCCUCGAUUUUGUACCCCAGCUGGUGGUGGGUAUCCUCAUAAUAAUUUCUCAGCACCGGAGGGCACCAGUAAUCAUAGUCUGCCACGUCCUAAGACCCCCCCUGAUGAAUGCUAACUAUAUGGAGCUAGAUGAUCUGAUGAAGCCAUUGUUCAUGUCACAAAAUUAUGAUGAUACUACUCAGAGUGAAAUGCUCACAGAUUAUUUUCCGUCAUACAACUCUUUCAUUGACGAAAGCAACUUUCCUGGCUGCAGUUUUCCUUCAUAUAGCUUCAGCCCAAAACAGUGAUCUCCCUAAAGAGGAAUAUAUAUACAUCUAAAAGGCGCUAGUUAACAGAGUGUUAGACUGCUGAGAAGGCCUUAAAAUGCAGCUCACUGCACAUACCCUCAUUAAACAUUUCUGGAUGUGUAGAACCAAGGCACAUUAAGCCAGAUGUGUUAUUCAUCUCUAUAGCGCACUGCACAUCCACAUCUGUUUUCUUUACUCUCUGAUGAUGGUAACAAUUGAUUGACGGUGGAUGUGCUAAAUCUUUUUAUUUAUUCAUCUACUAUUAUUGACAAGUUUGGCGAUGUAUUAGAUGAUGAAGUUGAUUUCUAAUGCAUAAUUAUCGACUUUUUUGCUGUGUUUAUAAUAGCUCACUCCAUGGUGUAUAGGUUGUCAAAUAAUUUGCAUGUUUCUUCG